AUGCCACCCAAGCGCCCCACAGACGGCGCUCCUACCGGCGCGGACCUCAAGCGGCAGCGGAUGCGGGCUCAGCGAACAAUUGCGGUCGAGGGGCAGAAGGGGCGGGCUGGGGGUUCUGCGGGCAGCGGCAACGCUGGCUUGCCCGCCGUCCUAGAAGUCGAGAAGUUCGCUCAGGCCCGAGUCUUUGAGAUCACUGCCAUGCAGCGGGCUAUGAAGUCCGCCAAAGAAGCGGGCACUCAACGCGCUUUCCAGUCGCUUCCUCGACAUCUGCGGCGGCGAGCUGCGAGCCACAACAUCCGCCGGCUGCCGUCAAGAUUGCGCGAAAGGGCAAAGGCAGAGGUACCGAAAGACGCUGCAAAGCCGAAGCGUGUCUCGCGCAGCAUGCUCGGACGGCACAGACAGAAGCCAGGCAUCAAGGCGGAGCUCUUCCGGCAGCGGCAGCAGAAUAAGUUGUGGCUGGAGACGCAUGUUUGGCACGCCAAGAGAAUGCACAUGACCGAGAUCUGGGGACAUCGCCUCGCUGAGACACCGACGGCGAAAGCGUUCCGGUCCUCCUAUCGCGCAUCCCAUCACGGUGCACUCGUGCACGACGCAAGCUACUAUCAGUACUUUCAGCUCGACGGCCCUUUCGCCGACCUUGAGCGGAUUCUGCAAGCUGUUUGCGACCCUGCUGCAGUCUCUCCGGCGUCAAAGCGCUUCUCGUCCGGAUCUCGCGAAUGUACGGUCGACGUGUACGACACUACGCGGGCGUACCCGAACGGUCUGCUUGGCCCGGCCACCUUCAUUUGGCGACCCGAAAUCGCAGACUCCGCGCCGAGCACCUCCACCGCCUCUCCCUCCCGCACUCUUCUCGUCCGCGUCCACCCGGCUGUCGCACGCCACGCCGCAUCAUCCGUUCAGCAUGCGAUCGAGCACCUCAAGCUUGGGUUGAGUGUCGGAUUAAGGCGGUACGAGAAGGGGUUCCUGACCUUCGAGGUGACGGGACGGAGGGCGACGGAAGUUGUCAAGGCGGUGUUGAAGCCGGUCAAGGGAACGGACGGGGCGACGAAAGCAGCUUGGCGCAAGCUCGACGCGAAGGCAGGUCCUGGCGGAGUGCCUGAGGGGAUGGUGUUCGGCUUGGAGGUGUAUGACCCGCGACUCUCCUUCCCGCCUCAGCUCGAGAAGGCUUCGCCCGACACCGUCAACCUCGAGCGGCUCGUCCCUGCACCUCCGAUCGCUUCCGCGCCAACUUUCUGGGACAUCAAGCACCGCGCUUCGAUCCACACGCCGCGUUUCAAGAAGCGCGACCUCGAUGCACGGCGAGCGGAAGAGCUGAUUCCCGGCACUCGCCUCGCUCCGCUCGCGCAGGACGACCGCAUCCCUGUCCUCCUCUCUCAGCGCAUCAUUGGUUCGCAAUCGACCUCCCCGUCCCGCUCUCGCCCACCUCCAAUCCACGGCUGGACCCUCACUGUUCCGGCGGGCUGGGGCAUGCCCUUCUGGUCCUCGCUCGUCUACUCGACACCGCGCGUCGCCGGGAUCCGCGAGCGGUCUCACCAGUACUACGAAGCCGGCGCACCCCGCUUUCCCGAAGACUACGUCGGCUCGCCCGGUUUCGAUGAGCACGAGACGAGGCGCGAGGCGGACGAGCAAGGGUACUGGGAGCGAAGACCGCCUGCGAAGAGGCCGAACUACGACAAGUUUGGCACGCGGUCGCCUUGGAAGGUCGAGAUGGGCGAGGUGCUGACGACGGCGUGGUCGAGGAGCGGCUUCUCAGUCGAGCAAGAGGAGGGCAAUUCGGCUGAGGGCAGACCUUUCCUCGUUCCGGCGUCGAUCGCUCGGUUUGUCCUGCGUCACGUCGACGCCAGCGACGCUCUGAGCGGCAUGAUGCAGCAGGACCCGCCCGCCGGCCAGCCAACACCUCGGCAGCGACUGCAGCAGCUCGAGGUGGACCUGCUCGCCGAGUGGGCGGCAGCCUCGACCUCGGCGGACCCGUCCUGUUCCUACCUCUCUCGCGCUAUGGUCCGCGUCCGCCUCACACCCUGCACGCGCGGCGUCCCGGAGGACCUCGGCUUGGUCUACGAGCUGGACGAGGAGCAGGCUUCGCUUGUGCGCGAGAAGGUGGACAAGGCGCUCAAGGGGAAGAAGGUGCUCGCGACGGGAGAAGGCGAAGGUGCCGAGGAUCUCUGCGAUCCGCCCUCGCCCGACCAGGUCAUCGGCCGCAUAACGACAGGCCAGUUCUGCCUUUCACAGGGUCACGGCGACAGCAUCGCCGUCGUCUCGCUCUAUCGCUUGCUGGCCAUGGCGAAGCGGAGCCCUGGCCUUCAGCGCUUAGUCCUCUGCCGCAACCGCGACAGCGAGACGUUCCGCGCUGCGACCGUCGAGCUUCUGUAA